AUGGCGGGCGCAGGGGCGCAGAGCGGGACACCUGGGGAGCCGGGCCCCGCGGAGCGCGAGGACGCGAGCGGCUGGCGCUGCCCGGAGCACGGCGACCGCGUGGCCGAGCUCUUCUGUCGCAGCUGCCGCCGCUGCGUGUGCGCGCUCUGCCCGGUGCUGGGCGCGCACCGCGGUCACCCGGUCGGCCUGGCGCUGGAGGAGGCGGUGCACGUGCAGAAACUCACCCAAGAAUGUUUAAAGCAGUUGGAAGCCAAGAAGCACCAGCAAGUUGGCAACAUAACCCAAAUAGAAGAUGCUGCUGAGAAGCUCAAGGCUCAUGCAGAGUCAAGUAAAACCUGGCUGACGGGAAAAUUCACUGAACUCCGACUACUACUUGAUGAAGAGGAAAUGCUGGCCAAGAAAUUCAUUGAUAAAAACACACAGCUAACCCUCCAGGCGUACAGGGAGCAAAUUGAAUCUUGCAAAGAGCAAAUAGAUGGCAUGCACAGUCUCUCCAACAGGGUCUGGAGUAUCAGCCAGGAGCCCGAUCCCAUACUGCUGUUGCAGGAGUACAGGGCCGUGGAGCAGGAGAUGCAGCAGCAGAUGAGCCUGGGAGAACUGUGCUACCCAGAGCCCCUCUCGUUCGAGCCUGUCAAGAGCUUCUUUAAGGGCCUCGUGGACGCCAUGCAGAGCAUGUUACAGACGCCACUGGACGUUCGCCUUAAGGAGAACACGAACUGCCAGCUCUCGGGCUCCACGAGCACCAAGCUAGCUUCCCUGUUGAAAACAAGCCCUUCACCAGAGCGAUCACUCUUCUUAAAAUAUGCGCGCACACCCACCCUGGAGCCAGACACGAUGCACGCGCGCCUGCGCCUCUCUGCGGACCGCCUGACGGUGCGCUGCAGCCUCAUGGGCCGCCUGGGACCCACACCCGCGCUGCGCUUUGACAAGCUGUGGCAGGUGCUGGGUCGCGACUGCUACGCCGCCGGCCGCCACUACUGGGAAGUGGAUGUGCAGGAGGCAGGCGUCGGCUGGUGGGUGGGGGCCGCCUACGCGUCCCUGCGGCGCUGCGGGGCCUCAGCCGCCGCCCGCCUCGGCUGCAACCGUCAGUCCUGGUGCCUCAAGCGCUACGACCUGGAGUACUGGGCCUUCCACGACGGCCAGCGCAGCCGCCUGCGGCCCCACGACGACCCCGACCGUCUCGGGGUCUUCUUGGAUUAUGAGGCCGGCGUCCUCUCCUUCUACAACGUGUCGGGCGGCAUGAGCCACCUGCACACCUUCCGGGCCGCCUUCCAGGAGCCGCUCUAUCCGGCCCUGCGGCUCUGGGAAGGGGCCAUCAGCAUCUCCCGGCUGCCCUAG